CGGACGCGGGUAGUCCCGCGGGCGGCCGCACGGAGGCAGCACUGGCCCGCCCGAGAGCCCCGUCCCGGCGUGCCCCGCGCCUCCGCCAAGGCCUUGGAGGCGGGACUUCCGGUGUGCGGCUCAGUCUAAGCGCUGCUGCUAGAAGCGAGGUUUGCGGAGGCCGGGCGCCAGCUUUGCGAUCAGGCGGGCAGACGUCAUGGAUAUAGAUGCUGAAAGAGUCAGAAUAUCGCAGGAGAUCAGGGAGUUGGAAAGGAUUCUGGAUCCCGGCUCCUCGAGUAUCAACGUGGACAUCUCGGAGUCAAGUCUCGACUCGCAUUCUGAUGCAGAUUCGCUGCCCGACGAGGACUCGGAUGCUGCUGGCCCACUGCCCUUGGAAGGAGAAAGGUGGGGGGAGGCCAGCAAUGAUGAGGAUGACCCCAGGGAGAAGGCACUCCCUGAAGACCCAGAGACCUGCCUGCAGCUGAACAUGGUCUACCAGGAGGUCAUCCGGGAGAAGCUGGCGGAGGUCAGCCUGCUGCUGGCCCAGAACCGGGAGCAGCAGGAGGAAGUCAUGUGGGAACUGGUGGGGUGCAAGGGCUCCAGGGUGAAGGACAGCAAGACCCUGCCCUCGAGUCUGUAUAUGGGGCACUUCAUGAAACCCUACUUCAAGGACAAGGUCACCGGAGUGGGGCCUCCUGCCAACGAAGACACGCGGGAGAGGGCCGCCCAGGGCAUCAAGGCUUUCGAGGAGCUCCUGGUGACCAAGUGGAAGACCUGGGAAAAGGCCCUGCUCAGAAAGUCAGUGGUGAGCGACCGCCUGCAGCGUCUGCUCCAGCCCAAGUUACUCAAGCUCGAGUAUUUGCAGCAGAAACAGAGCAGCAGCACGAGCGAGGCGGAGAGGCAGAUCCUGGAGAAGCAGGCCAGGGAGGCUGAGAAGGAGGUGCGGGACAUCAAUCAGCUGCCCGAGGAGUCCCUGCUGGGGAACAGGCUGGACGACCACGACUGGGAGAAGAUCUCCAACGUCAACGUGCGCGUCCACAGCGUGGGGUGGUUUCCGGGGCUCUCCCUGCUGGCGCGUCUCAGCCCCCCGAGCCCUGCACACAGGCCCCUCCGCCUACAGUUCGAGGGCAGCCGCGGCGCACAGGAGAUUCGCAGCUUCUGGCAGAACCUCGAGCACCCGGCCAUCAACAAGCAGGAGUGGAGCGCGCGCGAGCUGGGCCAGCUGCAGGCCAUCGCGGCCGCGCACGGCCACCUGCACUGGCAGAAGAUCGCCGACGAGCUGGGGACCUGCCGCAGUGCCUUCCAGUGCCUGCAGAAGUACCAGCAGCACAGCCCGGCCCUGAAGCGCAGGGAGUGGACGGAGGAGGAGGACCGCGUGCUCACCCAGCUUGUGCAGGAGAUGCGCGUCGGCAGCCACAUCCCCUACCGGAGGAUCGUCUACUACAUGGAGGGGAGGGACUCCAUGCAGCUCAUCUACCGCUGGACCAAGAGCCUGGACCCCAGCCUGAAGAAGGGUCUCUGGGCCCCAGAGGAAGACGCGAAGCUGCUUCGGGCAGUUGCCAAGUACGGGGAGCAGGGUUGGUUUAAAAUCCGGGAAGAGGUGCCAGGUAGGAGCGAUGCCCAGUGCCGAGAUCGGUAUCUCAGAAGGUUACAUUUUGGCUUGAAAAAGGGACGAUGGAAUUCCAAAGAAGAGGAAAAGUUAAUUGAAUUAAUAGAAAAAUAUGGUGUCGGUCACUGGGCAAGAAUAGCCUCUGAGCUACCCCAUCGGACGGGCUCCCAGUGCCUGAGCAAGUGGAAAAUGCUGGUCAGGAAGCAGCAGCGGCGCAGGCGGGGGCGGCGGCCCCCUCGCAAGGCGCGGUGGAGCUCCAGCAGCGGGGACAGCAGCACCGCCAGCAGUGGGGACAGCGGGGACUCAGAGCCAGAGGCAGCGCUGGGGGCCCUGACGGGUGGCCAGGCGCUGCUGCCAACACAGCAUGUGGUGCCUGACGUGGACCUGUGGGUUCCUGCCCGGCAGAGCGCCAGGGAGCUGUGGGGAGGGGGGCCCGGGAGCUGGCCAGGACCCUGUGGUGCUUGCCCCCGCCCUCCUGAGGGCUCCGACCCGGCCCAGGGUGGCCGCUGGGAAGCUUGCACCACGGCCUCAGCCCCAGCAGAGCCGGCAGGCCAGGCGCGGGCCGCCUCCGGGACCCAGAGCACCAGCCUGAGGGGCAUCCGAUGCCCGUGCUCGACGGACGCUUGCCCCUCGAGCUCCACGGGGCCUGCGCGCCAGAAGGAGCUGAGGCAGCCGCACCUGCGCAGCGCCGCCCCGGGGCCCACCCCUGGUGGCGGUGGUGGCAGUGGCAGGGCCAGGCCCUGCGUGCGGCCGCUGUGGCACAGGACCGGGCAGCGGCGCCAGGGACACGCCCUGCAGAGGAGGCUCCUUGAGCACCAGCUUCUGACGGCCGUGAGCCCAUGGGUGGGCAAGGUCAUCCUGCCACGCAGUCCCCGGAGGCCCGCCGUGGCGCACAGUCGAGCUGACGGCAUCAGGAGGCAGCUGCAGGGCGCCCACCUGGCCAGCACCCCGGUGUUCACCCUCUUCAUUCAGUUGUUCCAGAUCGACACAGCUGGCUGCAUGGAGGUCGUUCGGGAGAGGAAGGCCCAGCCGCCCGCCCUGCUCCGGGCUGGUGCCCGGGACUCGCCACUCCUGCAGGUACCCUCGAGUGCCCAGAACACCCCAGGCUGCCUCCUCCAGAGUGUGCCGGCCCGAGGAGCUGCGAAGAAGAGCACCUGCCCCACGGGGAGCGGAGGGCCGCAGGCCUGCCACGCGGAGUCCACGCCGCAGGCACCCCCGCCGGCUCCGUCCGGACCCCGGCCCAAGCCCAAAACUGUGUCUGAGCUGCUUCGGGAGAAGCGGCUGCGGGAGGCCCGAGCCAGGAAGGCUGCCCAGGGCCGCGCAGUCCUCCUGCCCCAGCUGCUGGUCUCCUCUCCUGUGGUCUUCCAGCCGCUGGCCCCCCAAGGCCCCUCAGUCUCCGGUGCCGUGCUGUCUGGGCCUGGGGGCCCCAUGGCGGCCGCUUCGAGUGCGUUAGGCUGUUGGGGCUCCGCCGCGGAGGAGAGACCCCUGACACUGCAAGCCCUGGCCCUCGCUCCGGCCUCCACAGGAGCCUCGAAGGCCCCGGCUGCCCCUGCUGCCUCCAGGGUCCCAGGUCUGGGCCCCGGCCAGGUCCCUGAGAGCUGCCGGCCAAGCAGUCUCGGGCAGUCUCAGGCCCCGGCCACGUCCCGGAAGCAGGGCGUGCCCGAGGCACCACCCUUGCUCACUGCAGCGCCCAGCCCGGUUCGGCUGCCUGUCCAGCCCCUCAGCCCGACGCCAGCUUUGGGCGCACACGCGGCAGCCAGCACCCCUCUGCCUGUCACCUGGGUGCUCACAGCCCAGGGGCUGCUCUCUGUGCCUGUGCAGGCGAUGGUGGGCCUUCCGAGGCCAGCAGGGACUCCUGAGCCUCCAGGGCUAUCGGUGACUCUGCUGCCCUCCCCAGCUGCGACUCAGGCAGGCCAGGGCCCCAGGCUCCCUGGGCAGGGCCGCCCUUGGCAGCCCCCAACCAACACGGGCACAGAAUCAGACCCUGCCUCCAGGACAGAGCUCUUGACCCUUCCGGCGCACCCCACGUCCCAGAGCCCUGCGGAAGUGGACAUGGCCCAUGGCCCUGGGGGAUGCGCCCCUGGAGAGACGUCUGUACCCAGGACGUCCUCCCAGGCUACACCCCUGGCUGACGGCUCUGAAGCGGAGCCCCCCGGGACCACCUCAGGGCCAGGGGAGCCCAGGAGGCCUUCAGGCCUGGAGGGGCAACCCCCGCCCCGGCGCAGGCCUGAGAAGAGGGCCCUGGACUUGCGCCUCCUCUCCCAGGAGGGCGAGGCAGCUGUGCGGGAGUGGCUGAGGGGGCAGCGGGGGGUACGUGUGCCCCCCCUGGGCAGCAGGCUGUCCUACCAGCCUCCCACGCUGUGCAGCCUGCGGACACUGUCUGGCCUCCUGCUCCGCAAGAAGGCCUUGGAGCACAGAGCCGCCUCCCUGGUGCCCAGCGGGGCAGCCGGAGCCCUGCAGGCCUCGCUGGGGCGCGUGCGCGAGCAGCUCCGGGACAGCCCGGCCUACCUGCUGCUGCGGGUGCGCUUCCUGGCAGCCUUCGCCCUCCCCGCGCUCCUGGCCACCCUGUCCCCCCGCGGCGUGCCCACCACCCUGUCAGUAGCCAUGAGGUCCAGCCCCGAGAGCGACAGUGAUGAUAGCAGCCCGGGUCAGCCAGAGCUUGUGGCCGGGCAGCCGGGGGACCCAGCCAGCGGUGCGCAGACGGCCGCCAUGCCUGCUCAGUUUCAGGGAUCGCCACACCCCGGACAGGCCUCUGCCCCCUCCUGCCCGGACAGUCCCGAUGAGCUUGACGUGCUCCAGACACGGCACGCCCGGCAUGCCCGGAAGCGGAGGAGGCUGGAGUGAGCGGCAGGGACUUCCCAGGGCUGGACAGCCACUGCUGCUGCCGACAGGAGGUGGGGCUCGUGCUGGACCCAGCGAGCCUGCCCACCCCGGGAGGCCGGCACCCAGCCCGCGGCAGAAGGGCUCUGCCGACAGCGGCCGCAUCGUGAUGGGCUCGGCUGGUCCCCAAGUGCAAACCAUGAUUUCGGGAGGAAUGAAGAAAUGUCCUGUUUUUUAAUUAAAAGCAAGCCACGCGCU